UCUCGCACAGAUCUUGGAGACACUUUUGGUCUACAGGAGGCUACGCAAUUUUCUCUCCAUAUAUAUAUAUAUAUAUAUGCUUUAAGUGUAGAGUGACCUUGACUGAGCUCACACACUAUAUGCAUACAAAUAUAUACUUUUGACAUUAACUGGAGACAGAAGAAGGUGGUAGAACAAACAAGUGUGAAAACAAGUGUUCAAAAAUCGCAUUGUAAUCAUGAAUAUUGUUACCUGCCUUGCGCCGAUCAAUAUUGCAGUCAUUAAAUACUGGGGAAAGAGAGAUGAAUCCUUAAUUUUACCAACCAAUGAUUCUAUAAGUGCUACCUUAGACAUAAAUCAAUUGUGUGCAAAAACUACUGUUAUGAUCAGCCAGGACUUUAAAAAAGACUGUAUUUGGCUAAAUGAAAGAGAAGAGGAUAUAAAAAAUCCAAGACUUCAGAACUGCUUAAAUGAAAUUAGGAAACUUUCGCAGUUGCCAAGUCAUAUGAAUGAUUGGAAAAUUCAUAUCAGUUCAAACAAUAAUUUCCCAACAGCGGCUGGUUUAGCCUCCAGUGCUGCAGGAUACGCAUGUCUUACAGCAGCAUUAGCUAAACUUUAUAAAGUCGAGUGCGAUAUCAGUCUCAUAGCACGUUCUGGCUCUGGCUCAGCAUGUCGCAGUGUUCUGGGUGGUUUUGUGAGAUGGCAUAUGGGAUCAGAUAAAUAUGGCACAGACAGUUUGGCAAAACAAAUUGCACCAGUCUCUCAUUGGCCAGAGAUGAGGAUUUUACUGAUAGUUGUAAACGGUGAACGAAAAAAAGUAUCGAGCACAAUUGGCAUGAAGAAAAGCAUGGAGACGUCGGAACUCAUGCAAUACAGAAUAGCAAAUGUGGUGCCUGAGAGAGUCGAUAAAAUGCAACGCGCAAUUAUCCAAAAAGAUUUUAAGACUUUUGCUGAGCUCACUAUGAAGGAUUCUAAUCAGAUGCACGCUAUAUGUCUCGAUACAUAUCCUCCGUUCACGUAUAUGAAUAACAUUUCUCACAGUAUUAUAAAUUUUAUACAUUCAUAUAAUGAUGCCGUGGAUGAUAUAAAGGUUGCAUAUACUUACGAUGCAGGACCCAAUGCUACAUUGUACUUAAUGGAGAAAGAUGUGCCAGCAGUAAUGGGUGCCUUGAACUAUUUCUUUCCUCCUUCUGAAAACAUAGUUGAAUACAAAAGAGGGUUACCGAUUGAAACAACCAAACCUUCGCAAGAUCUGUUGGAGAAAUUGAAGUUCCAGAAACAAUUACCAGGACAAUUUCAAUAUAUUAUACACACUAAAGUGGGAGAUGGGCCUAAAUAUUUGUACGAUCCACAGGAUCACUUAUUGGAUGGUCAGGGAAAUCCUAUUAAGUACAUUUGACCUAUUUUUUUAUACGUUUAUGUAUCAAAUAAUUUUUAUAUAUUAUCUAUUGUACAAAUCUAUUUUUUGAAAGAGCAGAAAUAUAUAAUUUAUACUUUCAA